AACUGAAAGCUCUUCACUCCUCUAGUUCUCUGAGUCUCUCUUUCCCUCCAUCUCUACUACUUUGGACAGUUGGACUUUCACCAUGUGACUGACCUCAUCUCAUCUCCUUGCCAUUAAAGUCUUCCUUAUUUCACUCUCUUUUCUCACUUAGCCAUGCCCUAUAUAUAAUUCCAAUACUUGCGUUCACUUCUGCUCUCUCUCUCUCUCUCUCUCUCUCUGUAUAUAAUCCUGGAUCCAAAUCCAACCCAAGAUCUCUGAAUCCCCCAGAGACCUUGAUUUCAGCAAAGAAAUGGCUCCACUCAUGUACUUCAAGUUCAGAAAGGUACUUUUGCUAGUUUCUCUUGUUGUGUUCCUCUUUUCUUCUACUCUGCUCCUUUGUGCCGCAGAAGAAGAUGAGAAACUGCCUCGAAUUCAGAGCGCAUCGCAGUUUUUGGCUUCAAGGAAAAUGUUGGAAUUAGAUGAAGAAGUCCAGCCUAAGAAGAUCAAGACCAAAACCACCACCUCAACUCCCCAAUCCUCCAAAAACCAAACCAAGCUUAUCAAACCCACUUCAUCAUCCUCCAAAAACCAAACCAAGCUGCUCAAGCCACUUAAACCCAACCUAUCAUCCAAGAACCAAACCAAGCUCAUCAAACCAAGCACCAAUUCAACCAAGUCAUCAUCAUCAUCAUCAUCAUCACCACCCAGUAUCAAGAUUGGCCUCAAGAAGCUCAAUUCCACUUCCAAACCCUCAAACUCCACCAAACCCACUUCACUAUCAUCCAAGAAGACCUCAGAUCUAGCCAAACUAACCUCCCCCAAGAACAAAACAACCAAACCCACCACCACAAAACAACCUCAAACUCCCAAACCAAUCCAAAAAACACAGAAAACCCCCACCCCACAAAAACCCACCAAGAAACCAGUCCAACCCAGCUGGAUCGAACAAGAAGACGACACCGACUUCGUCUCCGACUUCACAGACUUACCCGUUCAAUUCCAACAGACUCUGAUCCCAGACCUGGAAAAAAUCUCAACCACAUCAAAAAUCUACCUCACCCAAGCCAACAAGCAAAUGACCACCAGGUUCAAACCACUCGUCGGAAACAAAUACGCCCCCACCAUCGCUUCCAUAGUCUCCUGCGCAUUCCUACUUAUUCCAUUGCUCCUAGUCUCUCUCCUCUUCAACCGAAUCAAAGCCUACUUUUCCCUCCAAAAGCUCCUCAUCUUCAUCCAAGUCUACCUCUCCAUCUACUUCUCAAUCCUCUGCCUCUCUUCCUUGGUCACUGGCCUCGAGCCCCUCAAGUUCUUCUACGCUACGUCGCAGUCCACCUACAUCUGCCUCCAGGUUCUGCAGACUCUCGGCUACGUGCUCUAUCUCCUCCUCCUCAUCAUGUACUUGAUCCUGGUUUUCUCGACCGACUCCGGGCUGGGCUCGAAGAUGUUGGGCCUGGCCCAGACGUUUCUCGGGUUCGCGGUUGGGCUGCAUUACUACAUGUCGGUGUUUCACAGGGCGGUGCUGCGGCAGCCGCCGAAGACUAAUUGGAAGGUGCACGGGAUAUACGCCAUGUGUUACCUUGUGAUUUGUCUGUUUGCCACGGCGGAGAGGAGGAAGAAGGCUUACUUGGAAGAAGGUGGUGAAGAGGGCAAGAAGAACUAAAUUUUUUGUUAGAGUUCCCUUUGGUCUAAAACCAAUCAAAUUCUUGAUAUACGAAAGCCAAAAAAUAAUAAUUGUCCUUUUUUUCUUGUAAUUUUAGCACUUUUUUUUUUAAAGUAGGAAGAAUUUAUUCUAAGUGGGCAUGUAAUUAAUAAUACCAUUUGGGCAAGCAAGUGCAUCCACAUGGUGUUAUGAAAUAUGAUAUAGAAUAUAUGCAAGUGGAAUUAAUGUCUA